UCGGGCACAAACACGCAUCAUGCACACACACACAUGCGCUCAAACACGCACACACACACAUACCCAACCUCCCACUUUCUCCCUGUCCCUCUCUGCUCAGCUUGUAUGAGCAGUGCUGCUCUGGGAUUCAGUUGGCCCGCUGGUCCAUUCUGCUUCUGUACUACGCUACUCACCUCCCACAGACCAGACCUCUGCGCUAAUGACUCUAAAAGUGGACUUUGCUAUUCUUUAUGUGCCCCGGCCAGCCAGAUGAACACACACAAUCUGGAACUUACAGCCAAGGCAAGGCAUCUGUGCUUCCUGCUGCCCCUGCUCAUGAGCCUGGCCUGGGGCCUUCCUGGUCCAUGUCGACACUCUGUGACAAAGCACCACCUACUAAGCCUCAGUCGCCUGAUGGAUAACCAAUUGGAGAAUGGAUGUUCAAUAGUCUAUGCAUUCACAGAACGCCAGAAUUUGAGUGAAGUCUGUUAUGUCAAAGCUGCCUUUCCACAUAUCCUGGAGUUGCUGAACACACACUUCAACUAUGCAAAGAACUCUGACAACCGGAGAUAUGUCAGCACUUUGAGAAGGGUCAUCUUCAACCUUUAUUCCCAAGGAUGUGUACCAGAAAUCAAUGAAGAGAUUGAGGACAGCCCCGUGAGCUUCACCAGGGUCCUGUGCAGCUCUCCUAAGGAGGCUCUUCAGAAGGCCCGGGGUGUGGUGGAGCUGUAUGCGGUGCUGCUGCGGCAGCGGAGCAGCCCUUUGGACUGGAGCUGUCAAGAGGAGUACGCUGCCCUGGAGUACGAGGAGGGGGAGGGGGAGGAGCCACCAGCAACCAUCACACCACCAGCAACCAUUCCCAUACCGGACGCGACAGCCUCCGGUGUAUUUGAAUGCCAAUGCCCUUGCCCAUGGUUCCCUAAGGCCGCCACUCCAUCCUCCUCCACGGCUCAAAGCUACAGUCCACGGACACAGCCUGCCCAAGACCCAACCACAGCUGCCCUGCCUCCGGGUUUCAUCCGUCAUCCAUAUCACACGGACACAACAAUGUCUCAUGGGACUAUCGACAAAGAUAAUCUAACGCCAAGUCCCUUUAAGACGGCAGCAUUCUCUCACAGUCAGCCGUUUGAGGAAAGGGAAUCGUCUGACGUUCCAGCAAGGGUGAUCGAGGUUCCAUAUUCACCCGAAGCUGUAUCGGUCAGGGUUCCUGUUUUGAUGGAUGAGACGGAUGGACAGGCAGAUAAGGAUUUAAUGUACAGAAGUGAGGCCUCAACCACAGGGCCCUCUGUGUUAUCUGAGAACGCGUCUGUGAGCCCAGCCCUUGGUCUGGCUGAUGGACAGAGGACUUUCAGCAGUGGUGAGACCACCACACAUGGGUGGGCCAAAGGAACUAUGGAGGCAAAGGACUUUGACUCACAACACCAAUACGACACUGUUACUCAGGCAGGAGGAAGUCCUCAGACUUGAAUAUUAUGAAUCUAAGGCCACCAAAGGAACGCACAGAGCGACACCGAAGAGCACUGCUGAUAAUCAUGACGAUUUUACAAUGGAUCAAAUUGCAUUUAUGGAUGCCAGGGCAUUGAGAAGAAGACAGAAAUAUUCGUCAAAAUACAGAAUCUUCCCAAGAGAACUACGAACAAAAGCAAAGGAUAUUCCAUCGACCGCAACAGCAAAGUCUGAAUCAGAAGAGACCAGGACAGCACACCAGGACAGGAGCAGGAGUCGUCAUACGUUCCGAUAGAUACCAACACAGAACAAUUUUGUUAUUGGAAGAGGGCACAUAGCAUUGUUAUUUACUGUUUCAUUAAUUAUUAACUGUAACUUCUAACUUUACUUUUAGCGAGACUUAUUUUUUAUCUCUUCUUUUGUUUUUCAGGGGAUACAUGUAAGCUUUAUAAAAUGGAGGUUACAGUGUAAGAAAGACCCAGGUCACACUAACUAUGGGUCUGCUCCCUUUCAGCAUCAGGGCACGGGAGUAGAGCUCACCACAGAGGAAGGUUGACUGCCCACGCUCUGUAUUGUGAAAGUAGGGUUAGACCCAUAAUAAAUUUUAUGAGCCAUACUUGAGUUUGUCCUACCAUGAUGCGCCUGUGAAAAAGGUCUAGAACAGGGGUCGCUAACCUUUUGGAACCUGAGAGCUACUUAAAGGUCACUGAGUAGUAUGAAGGCUAUGUGUUUGAUACAAACUUCACGAAUAACAAAGUUGCACGGCCCCGCAAAUUAGACAUAAAUACUUGUCUUUCACAGUCAUAAAAGAUAACUCUUCCUCCCAAUCAUUGUGUAAAUGAUGUGUUCUUUCGCUUUUCCGCCAUGUUUGCGCCCCAUUGUGGCUGGGCUUGCUAGCUUAUUUCAGCAAAGAGUGGCACGAUAUUGAACAUUUCAGACAAGGUCACAGUUCAUAAAACUUUUUAUUUUUAAAUGUUAUAUUCAAUUGUCAUCAAAUCGACAUCAAUGCAAGGUUAUUGAUUCAUAAAGAACAUUCACCUUUUAGGCAGA